AUGUCUGCCGACUUCUGGGCUGGCUACAUCAGUGGCAUCGUUGGUAUUCUUGUUGGUAACCCGCUAGAUAUUAUAAAGGUCCGUCUUCAGUGCUCACCGUCGUCUCGCAUUUGCACCUCCCAUGCUUCCCCUACCCGUCAGGUCAUGCUCAGUCACAGCCUCAUUCUCGGAGCCGCCGCCCCGACAAUUGGUUAUGGAGCAUUGAAUGCUCUUCUUUUUACGACAUAUAAUCGUACUCUUACUCUCCUCAAUUCUGAUGGCCACCAUGAGUCCAUCAGUCCCUGGAUGGUGUUUUCGGCUGGUGCCAUAGGUGGCCUCGCGACUUGGGUUAUCUCAACGCCGACAGAACUUGUCAAAUGCCGAGUACAGGCCUCACCUGCCACAGGAGGGCUAUCAUCCUUGGUAGUGGCUAAGUCAGUUUUUCGGUCCGAAGGUCUCCGCAGCCUCUACCUCGGUGGUAAGGUCACGGCUUUGCGCGACAGUAUCGGCUACGGCGUUUACUUUAGUACCUAUGAGUUCGCCACCCGUUAUGCUUCCUCUUUUUCAUAUCAGAAGGACUUAUUUGAAGAGGUUACGAAGGUGCUCCUUUGUGGGGGUUUGGCCGGAACACUAAGUUGGGCCUGUGUUUUUCCUUUGGAUGUGAUCAAAACUCGUUUACAGACCCAGCCCCCAAAGUGGAUUCCUAAAUCUAGAUCAACGGGAAUGAUGCUUGCCCAAAGAGCCGGCGCCGUCAAACUCGCAAGAAUGGCAUACAGGCAAGAGGGACUCAGUAUCUUCUUCCGGGGACUCACCGUGUGCAGUCUCAGGGCAUUUUUAGUCAACGCUAUCCAGUGGAUUGUCUAUGAACGAGUGAUGAGAGGACUGGUCCGGGCUCAUGAUAAUCCUGCGCUGGGGCGAGAAGAAUAA